GUACGUAGCCCCUCAUUUUUAGUAACACAAAACCAAAACCUGGAUAAAGGACUCUAGUAGUCUAACUAUGGCGGAGAGUAGUCCUACUAGUGAAGCCAAAAAGCUGAAGAUGGCAUCCAUUCGAGAUCGUCUAAAGCCCGAUACUUUGCUCAAGAUCAGCUUUGAUAAUGACGGCGACGACAAAAACGAACAAGCUCCUCGUUUUCUCGUUGCGUAUUGGUCCAUUCGAGGUCUGGGUGCCCCUCUUCGAGCCAUGCUCCAUGCAGCACAAGUCAAUCAUGAGGUCGCCUUGUAUGACUUGACCGAAGCCCCGGAUGGCGAUUCCGGCUUUGAAAUGAAAUCCUACGCUGCGGAUAAAAAAUGGCUCCGCGAAGAAUACAAUGGCUUUAUGAAUCUACCCUUUCUCGUAGAUUCUUCUUCCAAUCUAGUCAUUGCGCAAACCAAUGCCAUAUUUAACCACCUGGGUCGAGAAUUGAACAUGAUGGGCAACAAGGAGGAUGUGGCGGAACAGGCGAAAAUUGACGAAAUGCUCUGUGAAGUUAUGGAUUUACGCAACAAGCUCAUCCAAUUCUCCUACCACUCGGAUGGGAGCAAAGGCGAGGCUCUCGAGUUGUGGAAUCGCGCCAAGGCACACUUUCACAAAUUUGAAGCGCAUCUGGCCAAGCAAUACCCGGACUACUUCCAAAAGAUGCAAUCCAAAGAGGAGAAUGGUCCCAAGAAGAAGACCAGUGAACAAGCCAAAGAAGGGAUUGCGCAUUUGAUUCCAGGGUCGUUUACAGCCCCUGACUUUCAUCUGUGGGAAAUGUUGGACCAAUAUGAAGGGCUCUGCCGUACCUUUGGAAUUCCACUCUGGGCCAAAGAGGGAAAAGAGCAAACUACGGCGGUCAAUUUUCAAAGUCGUCCCGAUGUCAAACCGGAGGAUCGAAUCUUUCCUUACCUGGAAGAGUUUCGCAACAGUUUCAUGAUGCUACCAGAACUGGCAAACUAUGCGGAUUCCUACUUGCACAAGGAAAUUCCACUCAAUAAUUGCAUGGCCAAGUUUGCUUCGUGCUAUCAAGACUUUCGCCAGUACCAGCGCGGACAAGAAGCACCUUGGCGUGCAAAAGGAGUGGUGGAAAUUCGAUACAAAAAAGUGUAGGGUACCAGCCAGAAAGAUGUGUAGCUAGCUUCUUGGAUAAGGUAGAUUGAAUCAUUCUAGGAACCAUAGGGUCAGAAGACAAAGCUAGUUACUCU